AUGUCGACCACUACUCAGUUGCCUGCGUCGGAGACCGAAAGGUACGACUAUGUGAUUGUCGGUGGAGGCACAGCAGGAUGCGUGAUAGCAUCUCGCUUGGCUGAGUACCUGCCUCACAAGAAGAUAUUGCUUAUCGAGGCUGGUCCGAGUGACUAUAUGGAUGACCGCGUGCUCGACCUGCGCCAAUGGCUCAACCUUCUCGGUGGAGAGCUGGACUAUGACUACGGCACCACUGAGCAGCCUGAGGGCAACUCUUAUAUCCGCCACUCACGCGCAAAGGUCCUGGGAGGCUGCUCAUCCCACAACACCCUGAUCUCCUUCAGGCCAUUUGAGUAUGAUCUGAAGAUCUGGCAGUCAUUGGGCGCCAAGGGCUGGACCUUUGAGACCAUGAUGAGAGUGCUGCACAAGCUGCGCAACACCGUCCAGCCAGUGCACUCCCGCCACCGGAACCAGCUGUGCCAGGACUGGGUUGAUUCGUGCAGCACGGCCAUGGAUAUUCCCGUCAUUCACGACUUCAACAACCAGAUUACCAACACCGGCUCGCUCAAGCAAGGAGUCGGCUUCUUCUCCGUCAGUUAUAACCCAGAUGAUGGCCGUCGAUCUAGUGCAUCCGUGGCCUACAUCCACCCCAUCCUCAGGGGCGAGGAGAAGCGCCCCAACCUGACCAUUCUCACCCACGCUUGGGUCUCCAAGAUCAAUGUGCGAGAGGGUGUAGUGGAUGGAAUUGCCUUGAAGCUCCAGGAUGGUUCGCUCCGGACGGUCAAGGCGAGAAAGGAGACUGUCCUCUGCGCUGGUGCUGUUGACACUCCACGGCUGUUGUUGCUCUCCGGAAUUGGACCCAAGGAGCAGCUUGCCUCCGUUGGCAUCCCUCUGGUCCACGAUCUCCCCGGAGUUGGCGAGAACCUCCAGGAUCACCCCGAGAGCAUCAUCAUGUGGGAGCUACACAAGCCUGUCCCCGCGAACCAGACGACCAUGGACUCCGAUGCAGGUAUUUUCUUGCGACGUGAGGCCCCUAACGCCGGAGCCAAGAAGUCUGCCGCCAACCCGGAGGGCAUUCCCGAUGGCGACAUCGCCGAUGUUAUGAUGCAUUGCUACCAGAUUCCCUUCACUCUUAACACUUUGAGACUGGGAUACGACGAGCCCAAGGACGGCUAUGCUUUCUGCAUGACCCCGAACAUUCCCCGACCCCGGUCUCGUGGCCGCUUGUAUUUGACGUCUUCUGACCCGAAUGUCAAGCCCGCUCUCGACUUCCGUUACUUCACCGACCCCGAAGGCUACGAUGCUGCGACUCUGGUUUACGGCAUGCGUGCUGCACGCAAGGUCGCAGAGCAAGCUCCGUUCAAGGACUGGAUCAAGCGCGAGAUUGCCCCCGGACCUAAGCUCCAGAGCGACGAGGAGCUCAGUCUCUACGCAAGAAAGGCUGCACACACCGUGUACCACCCUUGCGGUACGACCCGUAUGGGAGACGUCGCCAAGGACGACCUGGCCGUUGUUGAUGAGAAGUUGAACGUCAAGGGGCUGAAGAAGUUGCGCAUUGCUGACGCAGGAGUUUUCCCCACGAUCCCCACUAUCAACCCCAUGCUCACCGUGCUUGGUAUUGCCGAGCGAUGCGCUGAGAUCAUUGCUGAGGAAGCCAGCAACGAGAGUUCCAGAUUGUAG